AGAAGUACAAGUAAAAUCGAGUAAAAAAACAACAAAUGGUGUCUGAAGAAGAAGAUGGGUCAAACUCAAAGGAGACCGACCACAUCUGAACAACUUACAGCUACAGCUGCACAUCGGAGAAGACAUGAUUUCCAAUCUCACGGUGUUCUUCUGCAUCGUCUGGGUCGCUACCCUUCUUUACGGCGAGAAGUUCGCCUUUUGGGUACCCUCUUACUGGAGCUGCUCAUGGCCUUCUCCUCCGAUGGAUAAUCCCGGUGAUUAUGUAAAAAUUGCAGUUGUGACAGAUCCACAGCUCAUGGAUAGAACAUCGCUUCAUCUAGCUCCUAAAUCACUGACACUGGAAGUUGUACAAUUCUAUACCGACAUCUACAUGCGUCGAGCAAUACUGGGAUCCAUCGCACCUUUCAAACCUGACAUGAUUUUGUUUUUGGGUGAUUAUUUUGAUGGUGGCCCUGUUCUUUCCGAUGAAGAAUGGCAGGAAUCUUUAAAUCGGUUUAGACAUAUUUUCGACCUUAAGAAUCUUGAAAGAGCUACCAAUAAUCAAGUAUACUUCCUUUCAGGAAACCAUGAUAUUGGUUAUGCAGCUUAUCACUCUCGCAUGCCUCAGGUAAUUAAUCGCUAUGAAAAGGUAUUUGGUUCAAGAAACUAUAACUUCACAGCAGGAAAAGUGGAAUUUGUUGCUGUUGAUGCCCAAACACUUGAUGGUCAUCCACAACAAAACCAGACCUCUGCUGCAUGGAAGUUUGUAACUAGCGUGUCAAGAGAAACUCAUUCACCUCCAAGGGUUUUAUUAACUCAUAUACCACUCUUUCGACAAGACUCAACUUCCUGUGGUUCUCAACGUUCUUCCCCAAUUAUAAAUCAGAGAAUUUCUCGUGCUACAGAUGACCAUGAAAUUGUGUAUCAGAAUUAUCUUACAGAAGAAACAUCAAAGAAGUUAUUGGAUUAUGUCAAACCUGUACUUGUUUUGUCUGGACAUGAUCAUGAUCAGUGUAGUGUUACUCAUGUAGCUGAACAUGGGCCUGUAUUAGAGGAAACUCUAGGGACAAUUAGCUGGCAACAAGGAAACUUGUAUCCAUCUUUCAUGCUACUAACAGCAAGUAAAGUUACAGUUUCUAAUGAAUGGGAUUACGUGUCAACUCAUCUGUGUUUUCUUCCCACACAGCUCUUCAUUUACAUAUGGUAUAUCGUGUUAUUUGUGGUUACUCUUGUUGUGAUUCUCUUAUGGCCUACAAAUGGGUUGAACAUUCAACUACAUAUUGGUGAGUUGAUGAGUGAUAUGUUAGGCAUCUUCAAAAGUAGCAAAGAGAAAGAUGAAGAUGAAAACUGUGAGUAUGAGAUGGUUUGGGAUGCUGAAGGGUCGAUGCAUUUAAUCAAGAAAGCCUCAAAGAUCAUGCCUACACGUUCAAAUGAGAGGGUAGAAAGGGGAAAUGCUACGAUGCGAGCAGUAGGAAAGAAGCAGAUAUUGCAGGAGAUUAAUGUUACAAUGCCACAAGAUGUAAGUGGUCAACUUGGGUCAACAGAUGGAAAAGUGGGACCUUUUAAAACCAAAUCAUCAAAUGUUAGAGUGGUGGUUCGGAGGUUCAUGAGGGUUUUCAGAGUGAUUUCAGUUGUUGCUGCAGUUAAUGUGCCUAUUUAUAUAAUGUUGUUGUUCAGUGAUUGGAUUGACAAAUGAGAUCUCAGCUUAAGGUUAACUGUAUCAAAAAGCAAAUUUAGUUGACUCUUCCAUGUGAUCAUGUGUUGUAGAAUAGUGUAGUCAAAGCUUUGUUGUAGAACGAUGUUUUUUUUACCUGAUUUCGACCACUUUUCAGGGUAGUUUUAUAUUUAUGAGCAGCUCUUCUUCUUAUUGUAAAA